UCACUAUACCACACUAUACGUUCAGAGCUUGGUUCAGAAGUUUCGUGAAACACAGCUAGUUGUAAAAAACAAAAUGGGAAAGGGAUUCAAUAACUAUAUGUGUAAAAAAUUCUUCCAUCCCGCUUCAAGAGACAAUUUGAAAAGGGUAUGGAUGGCAGAACAGAAAACAGAUGCAUACAAGAAAAAACAAGAAGAAUUGCGAUUACAAUAUGAAAAAGAACAGGAUCUACAUGAGAACAAAGCAUUACUAAGUAAAGAAAGUAAAGACAAAUUGAGUUUAAACUUCAUGUAUGAGCCUCCUCCUGGUGUAAAGAAAGAAAGGGAAAGAGAAGACAAUGAACCAGAAUAUAAAUUUGAAUGGCAAAGGAAAUACAAUGCUCCUAGAGAAAGCUAUUGUAAAGGAGACAAUGAAAUCAGAGAUCAGCCUUUUGGUAUACUUGUCAGGAAUGUAAGAUGCAUUAAGUGUCAUAAGUGGGGACAUAUCAAUACAGAUAAGGAAUGUACAAUGUAUACACUGUCCAUGAGUGAGGCACGUGCAUUACAAGCAUCGACUUCAACUCCUGAAGAAAAGGAAGAAAAACCAGAUGUACCAACUCUCAUGCAACAGAUGCGUGACACGGGCCUCAUCAUGAAACCGGGAGCACUGCCUCUGACUGCUGCUAAGGUUGAAGAUAAUGACUCUACUAAUCUUACUGAGCAUGACCUGAUCAGUCAACUAAGCAAAAAACAAAAGAAAAAGUUAUUGAAGAAAUUGGAAAAAUUGGAAAAGAAGAAGGAGAAGAAACUCAGGAAUAAAUCAAAACACUGAACAAAAAUGAAUUAACUCUCCAUACAAAUAAAUUAGAAGGACAGAAGAAUGUUAACAAUAUAUUUCAGUCAUUCUGCUUAGCACUUUUCUUAAUAAUUGCUU